GCCAGAUGUGCACUUAACAAAGCCUCUGAAGAGCCACAGAGGACACAGGCUGAGUAAUAACUUUCUCCUGAUCAUCUUUCUGGAGACGGUCCAAGAGGUUUGAAGAAUGCGUCGCACCUCAGCCUGGUAUGGCUGGACGCUGUGUUUGUGCGCAUCUUUGGCCGCGAGCGCGCAGGACUACCCCGAGGACGACGAGAUGAUUGUGGAUUUGAUCCGCGAGGACGGGACUGCACCUGGAACCGGAGCCGAGCCCGCUGCUGAGUUCCUCAAGUGCAACAAGGCAGCUUGGCGCAUGCCCGGUCAGUACCUGGUGGUUCUGCGUCAGGGGGCGCACGACUCUCACGUGCAGAGGACCAUCAGGAGACUGAAAGCCAAAGCAGCCAGGAGAGGUUACCUGCUGGAGAUCCUGCAGACGUACUCCGGAGCUCUGCACGGCUUCCUGGUGAAGAUGAGCAGUGACGUCCUUCACCUGGCACUGAAGCUCCCUCAGGUUCACUACAUCGAGGAGGACUCGUCCAUCUUUGCUCAGAGCGCCCCCUGGAACCUCCAGAGGUUACUGCAACCUCAUGGUGGGACUCCUGAAAAUGGGACAUACAGGCCACCCAAUGAUGGAGGGAUGGCGGCGGUGUAUCUGAUGGAUGGCAGUGUUCAGAGCUCUCACAGAGAGAUUGAAGGACGAGUGCUCAUCACAGACUUCAACAGCAUCCCUGAAGAGGAUGGAGUUAGAGUUCACAGACAGCCCAGUCAGUGUGACAGUCACGGCACGCACAUGGCGGGGGUCGUGAGUGGGUCGGACUCUGGUGUUGCUCGAGGCACCACUGUUAACCUGGUCCGUGUGCUUAACUGUCAGGGGAAAGGGACCGUGUCAGGAGCUUUGGCGGGUGUAGAGUAUAUCCGAGCAACUUUACUGGCCCGUCCUGUGGAUGCUGUGGUUGUUUUGCUACCUUUCAUUGGUGGUUUCAGCCGUUCAUUAAACGCAGCCUGUCGGGACAUGGUGGCUAACGGAGCUGUGGUCAUUGCUGCUGCAGGGAACUACAGAGACGACGCCUGCCUCUACUCACCUGCCUCAGAGCCAGAGGUCAUCACUGUAGGGGCUGUUAACUCAGCAGACCAGCUCAUGUCACAGGGAGCAGGUGGGACCAACUUUGGACGCUGCGUUGAUCUCUUUGCACCCGGCGAUGACAUCAUUAGUGCCAGUAGUGACUGCAGCACCUGUUUUACCUCCAGGAGUGGCACGUCACAGGCUGCUGCACAUGCUGCUGGUGUAGCAGCAGUGAUCCUGUCGUCCAAUCAGAAAGCGGCACCGGUGCAGGUCCUGCAGGUGAUGCUGCAUCAUUCCGUCAGCAACACCAUCAACUUCCUCUCUCUGUCUGACACACAUCGCCUCGUCACGCCAAACCUGGUAGCAGCCAUGCCUCCUGCCAACAGCACAAACAGGGAGCUUCUGUGUCGUUCAGUGUGGUCAGAGAGGUCAGGCGUCACGAGCGCUGACAGGGCCAUCAGCCGCUGUCGUCAGGGGGAGGAGAUGAUGAGCUGCAGCAGCUACACUCCUGACCACGUCCACGUGGGAGAAAGCAUCACUGUGAACAGAGGGCGGAUGGAGUGUGUUGCCUAUAACGCUCCAGGGGGCACAGGUGUGUAUGCUGUGGCACGUUGCUGUGUGAUAAGUGGUCUGCAGUGCCAGGUCCAUGCUAGUCCUGAGCCCGGACGAGAUGCUGAGUGUGUCGGCUUGCAGCACCACCUGACCGGCUGCACAUCUUGGUCCACUGCCGAGAUCUCGUCUGACUCUCGUCCACAUCACGGUGAUCGGAAGCGUUGUGCUGUGAAAGACGGGGUGACAUCACACGCCGUGUGCUGCCACGCUCCAUCCUUAGAGUGCCGCCUGUUGGAAAACAUAUCAGGUGUUAAACCUCAGGUGGAGGUGUCCUGUCCCUCCGGCUGGACUCUGACAGACUGUAGCGCCGUCUCUCAGGGCUCGGCUAUCUUUGGGCCAGUUGCUAAGGGCAACAGUUGCCGUGUCCACAGUGCCACAGGAGCUGAGGGGGCAGCUGGCAUCGCUGUUUGCUGUCGUGUCAGACCACCAGAGCAGCCCGCCACAGCUCACUGAUCCACUCACACCACCUCGAUGUCAAACACCUUGAAAACAGUUUUGGUUUUUCUCUACCGUCGUCAUCUUGUCUUUUCUUCAGUGACUGUGAGCUCCUCUGUGACGCUGUCUGUGUUUCAGUUUUAGGAUUAGGUCCAAAUAUGCUCCAGUGUGGUAUUAAUGUCUCAAAUGUUGCCGCAUCUCAUGUUGUCUUGUUUGCUAUUUUUUAAACCAUACAGUUUGUAAAAUGUAACCAAAUAUUUUUGUAUCUUUUA